CCAAACUACUCGUUUUGGAAACGAUAUCUUGACAUUUGUAUGUAAUUCAAUUCACAAAUAGCACUACUAAAUAUAAUACAUGACAACGUAUGCGUUGUGACAGGGCGAAGAUUUGGACAUCGUGCCGUCUUUAGUCACUGAAGCCAUCAUCAUCAACGAUGAGCCGAGAAGCGCGCAAGACGGCGCAGAUCUGGGCGUCCAUUGAGAAGAUGCAGAAGAAAGAGGAUGAGCUGAGUCUGUCGGACAACAGCUCGGACAAGACCCUCAAACAACAGCGCAAGAAAAAGAAGCACAAGCAAUCGCCCAGCGACGAUGACACACCUUCGACAGGUCCUGGCAAGGUGGCUGCGACCAACGAGCCUACUAGCCUCGGCAACAACGAAAGCACCUACCACACGAGCAUGUUGACGCUGCACAAGAGCAGCGAGUUCAUGCGCAGCAGUCCAUUUGUCCCGCCGCGGAAGAAGUGGGUCAGUCGAUGGGAAACUCACCACCACCAAGGCCCCCAGGGCUCCCACAGCGAAGCCGAAGUAGCAAGGCUGGGUCACGAUGAAGAGCCUCUCACCAUAGCACCAGACAACAGCAGCAGCGUUCCUACCUCGACCACGUCCUCCGCGACUCUCGUCGUAGGGACAGAUGAUGCAAUGGGUGAAGUCUUAACAUCGACAUCUCCACCAGCCUCCAGUACGCAGCACCUCGUGAGUCCACAUCACGCUCCAUCCUCUCAACUAACCCACCCACCUCAUUUGGACCACCACGCGACAUCGGCAGCCACGACUGUCCCUACCAUCGAACUCCCAGCGCCGCCGCUCCCACAGGAGUCCCAAGGUAUUCUUCACCCGCCAUCCGCUGUAAAAGGCACAAUCCCAAACUCCCGUCCAACUUUCCAAGGGAUUCUUCCCCACGAAACCGAAGCAGAGGAAGGCGAGUACACUGCCAACAGCCCCACCAACGCCGCAGUCGCCCCACAGGUGGUUGUCGACCUUGGUUCAACCGACUUAUCACCGCGUGGGCCCAUUGACUCGAUCGUUGCCGCUCCGUCCGUAGCAUCUUCUCGUGUACAGCAGGAAGAACACGUGCCCAUUGAAGGCUCGGAUGGGAUCGUUCCCAAGGAAAUUUCCCCGUCCGCUCCAGUAGUGGCGUCCCCCGUGAUGAAUGCGUUGGGCUCCCGUCGCAAACGCAAGUCCUUGUGGGAUGUCGGUGAUCCCCGGGUCGAAGAAUCUGGGGAGUUUCCCAGGAAAUUGCCCAGCAAUCCCCACCGACGAGGAUCGGAAGGUGGGGGCUCUGGUGGCAGUCGCAGUGCGUCGGCGGAUGGUCGUCGUCGGUCGUGGUCCCGGUCGUAUCCGAGUACUACUAGUAGUAAUACUAGCGGGACCACCUUUACCAACGCAAGUUCCAACCACCACAACUACCCACCACCUUCAGCACGGCGGCACACACCACCCCCACAGCAGCCCCCAUCGUUCCUUAAACCGAGGGACCCUCCGGCCCGCUCCAUGUCGUCGUCGUGGCUGCCCAGUAGAUAACGAAAAGUGUACCGUUCAUGUACACAUACAUCCCUAGGUCGGACAGGUCCUUCUCGACAGGUUGAAAGGGCACUUUACCCUUUGUUGGACAAGUGGGAUGGGGUCAUAUAUUUGCAGUAUCGUGGUCACGACGGGCGAGACACUAGUAUAAGGUGAUUCAUGUAAUUCCGGUCCAGCUUGGCCUACUUUGUGAGUGCCAUAACUCGUCACCCAUUCAUCCGAUGAGGCUGCAGUAUAUCGUUAAUGUUAUCGCAGAAUUUGAUGCCUGA